GCUCGGUCCAGUUCAUGUGACUGAUAAUAUAUAGUUUUGUCGCGACUUCUUAUCGAAGUCACCAAAAUACUAGGGAAAAAAGUGCGGUUUCAAUUUCUGAUUAGAAAAAUAAAUAUAAGUUCGCGUUUGGAGUGCUGAAUAUGUGAUACCUUUAUAAUAAGCACCGCCGAAGAAGACCACAAAGCAGAACCAGAAGAAGAAAGCCUUCGCGUCUCUUCGAUGGCCCACCUGUAGAUUCGGCCGAGUGGUACCUCGUCGAUUUGCGAGAACCGGACCAGUCCAAACCCCUCCCCCUGACCAAUCACCUUCUGGCCACCAGAAGAUGGCCAGACGCCGCCAGAGUGGGGCACUCACUCGAAUCCUCACCUGUGACAAGUGCGAAUACCCGCGGUGAGAUGCAAGUACCUCGCAAGUGCCCGGGUGCAGACUAUGAGUGCUAUGAGCGCCUAUGAGUAGUGCUAUGAGCGCCUAUGAGUGACUGUGCGGCAUGAGGUGGCGCUGAUACUGUGCGGGCAGUCAUGGGCAUGAGGUGGUGCGUUGUGGCCGCCCUGGUGGCUGCGAUGGCUGCCCUCGAAGUGGGUGGUUGCGGGCCUGGUAGGGGUGCGGGCAGACGAAGGGGCACGCGAAAACUCACCCCUUUGGUGUUUAAGCAGCACGUGCCGAACGUGCCCGAGAAUAUCCUGACGGCUAGCGGUUUGGCCGAAGGCAGGAUCGGGAGGAACGACAGCCGGUUCAAGGAUCUGGUGCCGAAUUACAACCAGGAUAUUAUUUUCAAGGACGAGGAGGGAACAGGGGCGGAUAGGCUGAUGACGCAGCGUGGCAAAGAAAAGCUGAACACCCUGGCCAUCUCCGUGAUGAACAUGUGGCCGGGGGUGCGACUGCUGGUCACGGAGGGGUGGGACGAAGAGGGGUACCACACGCCCGAGUCGCUGCACUACGAGGGUCGCGCCGUCGACGUCACCACGUCGGACAGGGAUCGGGCCAAGUACGGCAUGCUGGCACGGCUAGCCGUCGAGGCGGGCUUUGACUGGGUGUACUACGAGAGCCGAGCGCACAUCCACUGCUCCGUCAAACUAGAGUCUGCGCAGGGAGCGAAGUACGGAGGCUGCUUCCCAGGCGAAGAAACAGUCCUGACCUCGAAGGGCACCAGAACCAAACUCUCCGACCUGCGGAUAGGCGAGCAAAUCCUCGCCCUCGAUGCCAGCACGAACACCCUCGUCUUCAGCGAGGUCAUCCUCUUCCUGGACCUCGAUCCUCAUCAGAAGCGUCAGUUCGUCACCCUCACGCUGAGGUCUGGCCGGACGCUGGUAGUCACUCCCAGUCACCUGGUGCUCACUGGCACGGCGAAGCGGUUCAGAACAGUGUUCGCUGAGCAAGUGAAAGUCGGUGAUACUUUGUUGGUUACACUGGAAGGAAAUAAUAGCGCUUCUAGUGACCAUGAGACAGUGGAGGACAGUGUAGUGAAAGUAGGCGCAGUGUUAAGGACCGGAGUGUACGCUCCCCUGACCAAAGCCGGCACUUUGGUCGUCAAUGACGUGGUAGUCUCCUGCUACGCCACUGUGGACAGCCAGGCCAUGGCCCACUGGGCUUUCCUGCCUCUGCGGCUGGCCUGGAACGUCAGAACGGCUCUCAGCAGGCUGUGGAGGGUGGUGACCCACCCCUCCACCCUCUGGAGGGAGGAGAGUGUGGCUGUGAGCCCCAGGCAGACGUCCUACGGGGUGCACUGGUACGCCAAGGUGUUGUAUUCCACUGCGGACUACUUGAUCCCCAGCCAUUUGCACGAGUGACUUUGAUAUCAAAGAUUGAGUUUGGCCAGUGACUGUGGCUCUGCCUCAAGAUAGCGGGUUACAGACAUAUACGUAUUAAUAAUCAAUACGGAUAAUCUCUAUCUGUUUCCAUAGCGAAACAUGAAGCCGAUUUUUGAAGACAAAUGACUAUCCAUAUGGAAAAGUGAGAUACGAUCAGGCACAUACUGCUUUGAUUGAAAGGCUAGUAAACGUCAUUGUCCACCGAAACGCAUGUCUUUGAUGACUACUAUAAUAGCGCAUGGCGCAUGCGUAUCAUGCCACCAAAUCCUUAUGGAUAUUCAUUUGUUUCAUAUUUUUGGCUUCAUCCUGGCACCCAUUAUUGUUUAUUAAUACGUAUAUGGUUACAGAACAGAGCUGUAACAAAAUGGCGGGUUGAAAAUAGCGUCAUGCAAGGGUCAACAACUUUUUUUUCAUCGGGUAGAUAGUCUCCUUCCACACGCAUUAUGCUUGAGUUUUCGGAAAUCAUUUAAAAUCUUUCAAUCGGUUGCAUACUGCCUGUAGGUUAAUAGAGGAGGUGGUGAAUUCAUUAUUCCAGAUUCUUUGGGAUUUUCUCUCCUCGUUUCUA